AUGAAAACUUUAUUUCCUGAUCAGAAACAAGGUCUUCUAUCUGGUUCAAUUCUUCUCUCAAAUGUUUACUCGUCUUUGGGUAAAUACGAGCAAGCAAAAAAUCUUCGAUAUCAUGAAAAAAAAGAAUUAGGAGUGAAAGUAAAAAUUGGUUUAUCAUGGACAGAAGUGUAUGGCGAGCUAGUGAGGUUUAAAGCUCAUGAUCAUUCUCAUCCGCGAUCAUCAGAAAUCUAUGCUGAAUUUGAUCGUUUAUCAUCUAUCUUGAUUAAAUAUAAUUAUAAAUUUGAUUCCACUUGGAUAACUCGUCAAAUGAAUGAAGAAGAAACAAUAGAAUCUGUUUUAUGUGGUCAUAGUGAAAAAUUAGCCAUUGGUUUUAAUUUAAUCCAAAAGCCUAUUCCAGAAUUUAUUCAAAUUACUAAAAAUCUUCGUGUUUGUGGUGAUUGUCAUGAAUUUACAAAACUUAUAGCGAAAUUUUAUCAACGUAAUAUUAUUGUUCGUGAUGCAAAUCGUAUCCAUCAUUUUUAUCCAAAUGGGCAAUGUUCUUGUCAAGAUCAUUUCUAG